CAUCCUUUAUCUCUUAUAGGUAUAAAUUCGUACGCGAGUAAUACAACUGAGCCACAUUCUUCUGUGCAAACGAGACUGAAGAAACUGCGCUAGAAACUAACAACUUCAACUGACUCUACAAUGGCGUCUGUCAAAACUGGUUAUUGGAAUCUUCGUGGGUAUAUGCAGCCCAUCCGGCUUCUUUUGGCUUAUACCGGAGUCGAGCUUGAAGACAAACGUUACAAUAUCGGACCCGCACCAGAAUAUGACCGCAGUGAAUGGAUAAGCGAUAAGUUCAACCUUGGCUUGGACUUCCCAAAUUGUCCUUACCUCAUCGAUGGAGAUGUCAAGCUGUCCCAGACUUUUGCCAUCUUGAAGUAUUUGGGGCGCAAACAUGGUUUGGCACCCAAAACAGAGGCUGAGCAAAUAAGAGUGGAUCUAAUUGAAGCAGAAGCUAUUGAUGUGAGAAUGAAAUGGUCCACAUUAUGCUACAACGCUGACUUUGAAAAAUUGAAGCCAGAAUUCUUGAAAAACCUGUCAGUGAAGUUGAAGGAAAUAUCAACAUUUCUAGGAAGUCAUCCAUUUUUUGCCGGAGAGAAUGUUACCUACAUCGAUUUUGUGAUGUACGAGUUGUUGGACCAACAUUCGCAAUUGAGUCCCGGCUUAUUGGAGGAAUUUCCCAACCUUAAAGAAUUCCACGCACGGAUCGAAAACCUUGAGAAUGUUGCCGCUUAUCUGAAGUCCGAUAAGUGCAUUAAAUAUCCCAUUAAUGGCCCAACAGCCCAAUUUGGUGGCAAAUAGAAUGGACAUUUUGAUUUCAUAUUAUCACAGAAGUUAAAAUUCAGAUUGAGAUAUAUACUCUUGUUAUUUGUUUUAAAAAUACAAAUGUAUUUGAGUCACU